UUUUGACGAGUAUCUAGCAACUCCCCGUACUCAUUUUCCGUUAUCCAUAUCAUUAUAAUGAACUCUGUCUUUACUAUCAUCUUCGUUUUGUGCGCACUCCAAGUCGCUGCAAGUUUCCGUCAAUCCUUCGGUCCUUCAAUGUCUGAAGAAUCAGCAAGCAUGCAACUUCUCCGUGAACUUCAACACAACAUGAUGGAAUCAGCUCACCGACCAAUGCCACGAGCAAGACGUGUUCCAGCACCAGGAGAAACUCGUGCCUGCGGAAGAAAACUCAUCUCUUUAGUCAUGGCUGUCUGUGGAGAUCUUUGCAACCCACAAGAAGGAAAGGACAUUGCGACUGAAUGCUGCGGAAAUCAGUGUUCUGAUGACUACAUAAGAUCUGCUUGUUGUCCAUGAAUUUUUACCUUUACUCCGAUAUCAGUCUCUGUACCAUACAAUCUCGUUUUUUUGAAUCUCGUUUCACCCGUGUCUCAUCAAAUCUGUCAUCCCAGUGGCUUGUACAAUAAACCUUGAUUGAAAU